AUGAUGGAAUCCACCUACACAACCCAUUUAAACAUUGGUUUUAUUAUGAAGUGCUUGUACAUGAGCAUGUUGUUGUGUUUGUGUGACAUGAGUUUUUCAGUACCAUUAGAAACCAACCUUCAUCAAUUUAUACUUCCAAACAAUUUCCUUUUCGGGACUGCAUCAUCGUCUUACCAGUUUGAAGGAGCUUUUUCCAGUGAAGGGAAAGGUCUUAGUAACUGGGAUAUCUUCUCCCAUCAAACUGGUAAUAUCUUGGAUGGAAGCAAUGGAGAUGUUGCUGUUGAUCAUUACCAUCGUUACUUGGAGGAUAUUAAUCUGAUGAAAGAUCUCGGUGUUAACAGCUACCGGUUUUCUUUAUCAUGGGCUAGGAUUUUGCCCAGAGGGCGCUUCGGUAAUGUUAACAUGGCAGGAAUUGAGCAUUACAACAAGCUGAUUGAUGCACUCUUACAGAAAGGAAUAUAUCCCUUUGUGUCAUUGACUCAUUAUGACAUCCCUCAAGAACUUGAAGAUAGAUAUGGCGCCUGGCUCAGCCCGAAAGUACAGGAUGAUUUCAGAUACUAUGCAGAAAUCUGCUUCAAAUACUUUGGGGACAGAGUGAAGCACUGGGUUACCUUCAACGAGCCGAAUGUUGUGGCCAUUAGAGGAUACCGGUCCGGGAUCUAUCCUCCAGGUCGCUGCUCAGCUUUAUUUGGAAAUUGUAGUUCAGGAGAUUCCGAGAAGGAGCCUCUCAUCGCGGCACACAACAUGAUUCUGUCCCAUGCAUCCGCUGUUGAUACAUAUCGAACUAGAUAUCAGAAAACACAAGGAGGCAGCAUUGGAAUUGUAAUCAAUGCAAUAUGGUACGAACCUUUUAGUGAUUCCUCAGAGGAUAAAUCAGCUGCUGAGAGAGCUCAAUCUUUCUUCAUGAAUUGGUUCUUGGAUCCAAUCAUUUUUGGAAGAUAUCCUGCAGAGAUGCAGCAGAUCCUCGGCUCUCAAUUACCAACCUUCUCAAGGAAAGACCUAAAUUUGAUGAGACACGGAGUGGAUUUCAUCGGCAUAAACCACUACACGAGCUUCUACGCUAAAGAUUGCUUGUACUCGGCAUGCCAAUCAGGAGGACCAGGAGUUUCAAAACCAGAAGGUUACUUCUUGCGAACAGCAGUUAAAGACGGCAUUCCCAUUGGUGAAAGCACUGAUGUAGACUGGAUAAAUAUAUAUCCUCCUGGAAUGGAAAACGUAGUGACAUAUAUCAAAGACAGAUACAAUAAUACGCCAAUGUUCAUCACUGAGAAUGGUCUAGGUCAGCUGAGCAACCCCAGAUUAUCAGCGACGGAUUUCGUGUUUGAUUAUAAAAGGGUGGAGUACAUGAAUAGCUACUUGAUUUCAUUGGCUUCCGCAAUGAGGAAAGGAGCAGACGUGAGGGGAUACUUUGCGUGGGCAUUGCUGGACAAUUUCGAGUGGAUAUCUGGAUACGCCGUGAGAUUUGGGCUUCACCAUAUUGAUUAUGCAACUCUGAAAAGAACACCUAAGUUGUCUGCAAUCUGGUUCAAACACCGGAUUUCCAAUCACAGCAGCUUUCCAAACAACCCAGUAAUCGACCAACGAGACCGUGAAAGUUUUCGUAUUUCAACAUAUUACAAUGAUGCCGGAAAACAAUCUAGCACUAACAAAUCAAUGGGCAACAUGCGAUCUUCUUCUUUUUUAUUGCUUAGUUUGGAAUUGCCGGUAUUCUUAUCACCAUUGAUAUCUGCUAAUCUUGAACUCAACAACAGCUUGGACUUGGAUGAAUCCCUUUUUCCUCCCAAUUUCCUCUUUGGGACUGCUUCUUCUGCUUAUCAGUAUGAAGGUGCUAUCCUAACUGAUGGGAAAAGCCUAAGCAAUUGGGAUGUUUUUACUCAUAAUUCAGAGUUUGCAAGUGAGGGAAACAAUGGAGAUGUUGCUGUUGAUCAAUAUCAUCGGUAUCAGGAACAUGUGGAUAUUAUGGCUUCCUUUGGACUAAACAGCUAUCAGUUUUCAAUUUCUUGGGCAAGGAUUUUACCAAAAGGAGUAUGUGGAAGCAUAAAUUUAGCAGGAAUUCAAUACUACAACAAGCUCAUUGAUGCUCUCCUCCUCAAAGGGAUUCAACCAUUUGUGGUAUUGAAUCAUUUUGAUAUUCCUGAUGAACUUGAACAGAGAUAUGGAUCUUGGCUAAGUCCCAGAUUUGUGAAAGACUUUAAAUACUUCGCAGAUAUCUGUUUCAAAAACUUUGGGGACAGGGUGAAGUACUGGGUGACAUUCAGUGAGCCAAACUUGUAUGUUAUGGGCGCAUAUCGAUCAGGGUUCUUUCCUCCAAAUCGUUGUUCAAAAGGUUUCGGGUACUGCACUGCAGGAGAUUCAGAGAAAGAACCUUUUAUUGCUGCACAUAACGUAAUCCUAGCACAUGCAGCAGCGGUUAAGAUCUACAAAACCAAAUACCAGAAACUACAAGGUGGAAGCAUCGGCUUUAUUGUUCAGACAGCUUGGUAUGAACCCCUAAGCAACUCGACAGCUGACAAGUUAGCUACAGAAAGAGCUCAUUCUUUCUUUUACAACUGGUUCUUGGAGCCAAUUAUACACAGGAGAUAUCCCAAAGAAAUGACUGAUCUCCUAGGAUCCACCUUACCAAGAUUUUCCAGCAAUGAUUUAGAAGAUCUGAAACUGGGAGUGGACUUCAUUGGCAUCAACCACUACACCACCUUGUACAUUGGAGAUUGCAUGUAUUCCUACUGUGAGCCCUUACCUGGAACCAGCCGAACGGAAGGUUAUGUCAGACAAACUUUUCAUAAGGAUGGAAUUCCCAUUGGAGAACUUACAGGGGAUCCACCUUUGCGAUCUUAUCCACCAGGAAUGGAAAAAACUGUAACCUAUGUCAAGGAAAGAUACAACAAUAUCCCAAUAUUCAUUACAGAAAAUGGCUACUGUGAGAAGACUAACCCAAAUUCCACCUUUGAAGAAUCGUUGAAUGAUGACAAGAGGAUACAAUUCUUGAAUGACUAUUUGUAUUAUCUUUCAAGAGCCAUGGGAAAUGGAGCUGAAGUUAGAGGUUACUUUGCUUGGACGUUGCUUGAUGAUUAUGAGUGGCUAAAGGGGUACAUUCAUGGAUACGGACUACACCAUGUUGAUCACAACACAUUGAAGAGCACACCGAAAAAGUCAGCUACUUGGUACAAAGAUUUCAUUGCAAAACACACGAGAAAUCCACGAAUAGCACAAUACUAG